CUUUCUCUCCGCGCAAGUUCCCUCCCAUCUUCUUCUGUAACCCACGGGACAUUUUUCUCCUCGAGAGGAUACCUCCUUUCGCGUCCGCUGUCUCGCGUUUCGUUUUCUCCACAGCGAAGCGCCGCUGUGGGUCCAGCUCAGGCCUUUCCUCUGCCCGAGUUUUUGCCUCCGCUUCUCUCCUCUGUCGUUUCUUGCUUCGUGCCUUCUUCUGCUUUCUUUCUCCUGUUUUUCGCCGUCUCGUCUUUUCUUCAAGAUGCCGGUCCUUGCUGCAGCGGCAGCCGCGUCGCGACGGGGGCUCUCGUCCCUGCUGCUGCCUGUGGAAUGCCGACCGCGUUUCUCCGCCGGCGUCUCAAGCGCAGUGCAAGCAGGAAAGAAAGUGUGUUCGAUCAAAAGCGCCUUUUCAGCGGUCGCCAGACAUAGAAGUCGCCCUCUCGCUUCUCUGUCGUCUCUCGCCACUCCGAGCUUGGCUUUUCGUGAUGCUCGCUGGACGUCCGUCACCUCUCGCUGCUUCUCGUCUGCGGCCGGCGCGGAGACGGUUGUUCCGGUCCCGUCCAUGGGAGACUCGAUUACGGAGGGGAGCUUGAACGAGUGGAAGAAGCAGCCGGGAGAGUACGUCAAAGAAGGGGAACUCGUCGCCGUCAUCGAUACGGACAAGGUGUCAGUCGACAUCAACGCACCGCAGGCGGGCAGAAUCGUCAGAUUCGAGGCAAACGCAGGAGACACGGUAGAGGUUGGAAAGCCGCUCUACGUGAUCGACCCAACUGCGCAACCUGAUCCCGCAGAACUCGCCGCUGCUGCUGCCGCUGCAGCCGCCCCCGCCACUCCUGUGAAAACGGAAGCAGCGAAACCUGUUUCGCCUCCAGAAAAGUCAAGCGUUCCUCAGCCUGCUCCGAGUGUAUCUCCACCGAAGCCGGCGCCGGCGCCCAAGAAGCCUGCAAGCCCCGUCGUCGCUGUGCAGAGUCCUGGAAGAGAGGAAAAGAGAGUGCCAAUGAGCCGCAUGCGUCAGAGGAUUGCAGAGCGGCUGAAGGGUGCACAAAACACAGCAGCCAUGCUGACGACGUUUAAUGAAUGCGACAUGGGAGCUCUCAUGGCGAUGAGAAGCGAAUUGAAUCCGGCAUUCCAGGAACGUCACGGAGUUAAAAUGGGCUUUGUCUCGGCCUUCAUGCUCGCGAGCGCCAUGGCGAUGAAGAAGGUUCCAGAGGUCAACGCGUUCAUUGAAGGCAACGAGAUUGUUUACAAAAGCCAUGUGGACAUCAGCGUCGCGGUGGCGACUCCGACAGGUUUGAUGGUUCCCGUCGUUCGAGACUGCGAGAGGAAAUCGUGGCCAGAACUUGAAAAGGAGCUUGCACAUCUUGCCGUGAAGGCACGCAACAACCAGAUCGCUCUGGAAGACAUGGCGGGUGGCACCUUCACCAUCUCGAACGGCGGCGUGUACGGCAGCAUGAUGGGUACUCCCAUCUUAAAUCCUCCACAGUCUUCGAUUCUCGGCAUGCACGGCAUCACAAAGAGAGCUGUUGUGAAGAACGACCAAGUUGUCAUUCGCCCGAUGAUGUACCUGGCCCUGACGUACGACCACCGACUCAUCGACGGCAGGGAGGCGGUGACAUUUUUGUGUCAUAUUCGCGACUACAUCGAGGACCCGCGCUUGAUGCUUCUUGACCUCUGAAACGGUUUUUCGUUCGAUAUGUCCAUCGGUUUUGCCGUUCCACUAGCGGACACCGAGCAAACAUGUGUGCAGGUCAGAUGGGUGGUUCUCGUGCCUCCGUUUGGCCAUGGAAAAUAUACAUUUUAACGCGAUUUAAACCACGCAAGAUGUAAACGUUCCUCCGAAGGGGACAUUCCCACUCGACCUUUCGUCUGUGACAAACAACGAAGACUUCUUCCCGCUCCCAGGAGGCAAUCGCACCCGUCGCGCUGUCCUGUGGUGGAGGUUUUCCCCUACCAUUUCGACGAUAGACCGUUUAUCUUUUAUGUUGUAUGGACACUCUUCCUCAACGCAGUGUGGAGUGAGUGCAGCAGAGAGUCGACACGGAAAGUCAUGACUUGAUGUGGGGUCCGUGUCUGAGCUGGAAGGGUUUCGGUAUUUGCAGCAGAGUUUUGACCAGCGUGUAGGUGGCGCUGUAUUCACACAAGCUACACUCAUGCAGAGCUCAGCUUGAACAAGCCGAACGUUUUCCGGAAGGGGUUUUGUCUUGGCUUAGCAACUUUCCCGUUUGCUCUAUUGUAUUCGAGGAAAAAACGAAUGGCGUGUUGAGAACCACCACCAGAACCACGUGGUCCAAGACCGCCUACACCUCGCAGACUCCCUUUGCAGAAACGCUCAAACAUCC